UCGAGUGACAUCACUCCCACACGCCCCUUGUCGUCUCCACCAGGUAUAUAAGUCCGCAGGAAGACAUGCCGUUCCAUUACACUCUCACCUCCUUUCCCGCCACCACAACCCACCCGACACCACCUGCCCGACACACCGGCAGUCAACAGCAGCAGGCAUGCAGUCGGGCGUGGCGGUGACGGUGGUGGUGACGCUGCUGGUCGGGGGUGCCGCCGCCUGCUUUAUUACCAACUGUCCUCCUGGAGGAAAGAGAUCAGGGGGACUGAUGUCUACUCUCGGCCGCGCCCGCACGUGCGCGUCCUGCGGUCCCGGUCUGCUGGGUCGUUGUGUGGGUCCUGACAUCUGCUGCGGUGCCAGAAUCGGUUGCUUCCUUGGGUCACGAGAAACCCGCAUGUGCAGAACAGAGAACAUGGUGCCCAUCACUUGCUACAACUCAGACCUCAAACCCUGUGGUAGGAUGCAGGAAGGCCGCUGCGGUGCGCCAGGAAUUUGCUGCACCGAAAACAAGUGUGAAAUGAAUGACGAUUGCGUGGCGGAGGACACGCAGGGCGAGGAGGUGGAAGAAAGCCAGAGAGGCGGCAGGCCCAGACUGGAUCUACUGGCAGCCGCGAGAGAUCGUUGGGAGGAGCAGUGAGCUGCCCGCCGCCCUGCCUGCCCGUCCUUGGUGCAUCCCUCUUGCCGCAGCAAAAAAAUAGAAAUGGUAAAGGAAAUGGAAGUCACAAAAAACGCAAGCAACCCAAACGAAGACUAAUCGAAGACACUUUAAAUUCGGAGAAACCCAUACGACACUGAGUACAAGUUAAGAGAAAAAGACUACACCUGUUCAUUCCCAUCCUGCUGGACUGACUGCCUCUUUGGGACUGAAUCUCUCUCGUGCAUGUAAAAAGUCAUCAUGACGCCAAUAAACAAGCGCUAUUUAU